UGAGGGAGGGAGGCAGGAUAGCAGCAGAGAAGACACCCAUCAGAAGACACCAUGACUCCUCUGAAGACAUCUGUCCUGAUCUUCCUAAUUCUGGGUGUUUUCUGUCAGUGCAUAACAGCAUUUUAUCCCAGCCGUUCCAAGGAAUGCUGCUACUCCUAUAAGAGAGGCGGCCCCCUUCCUGUUCCACUGAUAGCGAAAUACUACAAGACUCCCAGCGACUGUGCCUUGGACGCUGUGGUGUUCGUAAUGAAGAGUAAGAAGACUGUGUGUGCUAACCCCAGAGAAUCAUGGGUGAGAAGGACAAUUGCCAUCUUGCAGAGAAAUAAAUGAAGAAUGGCUUAUAGGAACCAGAGAUGUACCGCUCCCUGACACUGGGGAAGACGCUAGCUGGUUCGGCCUCUUUCCAGAUCUUCAUACCAAGUCUUUUGCACUGUAUUUUUUUCAUUGCUACAUUUUGCACAUCAAAUUUAACAGGCCCUGGAUAUGUUUUACAUGCUAUGGUUACACUCUCUAAAACCCCACUCUCUAAAAUUGUUGUGAAUUGCUAAUAAGAAGUAUGAAUAUUCUGACCUGGGUAGCUCAGGCUAGCCCAGUUUUGUCAGCGUUUGGAA